GCGGACCAUUUAUUGGAAAUUUUGACAAUGCAUUUUUUAUAAACGUAUUAUCAGAUGUCGGACCAACUUCGACCACAUGGCGUAUUCCAGAACUUGUAUUUGCAAUUUUUCAGGGUAUGUUUGCUGCGAUUACUCCUGCCAUCGCUAUUGGGUCAGCAGCCGAACGAGCCGUCGCUGGUUUAGUUGCAAUAACACCAGGAUCAGGUUAUGUGGCGCCUCAUUUUGCUAUUGUUUUUGGUGUUUGCGGUGGAGCUAUUUGUAAUAUGGCAGUUAAAUUGAAACAUAUUUUUGGAUUCGAUGAUGCUUUGGAUGUCUUUGCCGUUCAUGGUAUUGGAGGAUUGGUUGGGAAUAUUCUCACUGGAGUAUUUGCUGAUAAAAAUAUUGCAGCACUUAGUGGUGAAGAUAUUAUGGGAGGAGUUAUAAAUCAUAAUUACAUCCAACUGGCCAAACAAUUAUCAUCAUGUGGAGCAGGUCUUGUGUAUUCUUUUGCCAUGACUUAUAUCAUUCUUUUAAUUUUGAAUCAGAUUCCAUUUCUUAGACUACGUUUAGAUUAUAGCAGUGAAGAAAUCGGUACGGAUGAAUCCGAUCAUGGUGAAUCUGCAUAUUACUUUGUUGAAAAAGCAAUAAAUGGUCUAAGAAUAAUUCCAAAACCUAUGUCUCAACCAUCAUCACCACAAGAAACGAGUGAAAAUAUGUAUUAG